AGGCCCCCCGAGGGCGCUCCCGUCUCGGACAGUUCCGGGGGUGCUACCCGUGCAGCAGCGCGGCGGGGCCGGAGCAGGGGAGGCGCCGCUUGGCUGUGGGAGCCGGGAUGCUCCGCGCACCGGCGCCGCGGGAGAAGCUCGGCGCGGGGAACCCCCUUAUCUUCUGGGCACCCGGAGGCGGUUUGGUGCCCCGGAGGGGACCACUCUCUGCCCGCUGCGGGACCCGUUGGAGAUCGGGACUCUCUUGGGUACCCGCGGGGGUUUCUCCAGGGAGACUCCUCUUCUCAAGUGGAUCUCUGCGGGGACGGUCGAGGACCAUCCGAUUAACAGGGCUGCUGGUGUCUUUGCAAGAGGCUGUAGGAGCGCCAGGAGUCCUCAGGAGAAAAGUCACUGCUGUGGGAUCCUCAGUGCUGCUUCCUGGGCCGGAUAACAUCACGCACAUUGACUCCACACGAUGGGAGUUCCUCAAUGGCACCAGCUCCAACACCAUCCUGCAGUACUACAGGGGGUCUCACAAGCAAGCCAUCCACGCGCCCUACACAGGACGAGCCAUAUUCCAUCCAUCUAAUGGAUCUCUCUUGCUGGAGGAUGUCCAGGAAAGCGACAGUGGCAUCUACAAAGUGACUGUCAAUGUGCGAAACAGUGGGAGCAUGAAAAUCCUGCUGGAAGUCCUCAGUAAGUGGUGGGCAUGGGAGGGAGGAGCAGGGUGAUGGAUGCAGGCAGAGCAGUGGUGUUAUUUGUAGAUGGAUCAUCAAUGAAGCAAAGGGCUCAGGGGAAGGGGUUUGAGCUAGGUCUAAUGAGUUGGUUUGAACCUGCUAUGCAUGUAGACAUCCCCAGGGAGAUUUUGGGAAGAGGUUUCCAACCUGUCCCAGUGGAGAAGAUUUGAUAGUACUGCCCAAGGAGACAUUCUGAGGUGACAGAGGUACGGGCUCCAUUCUGGAAAGGCGAUUUCCACCCUUGUUUUCUACUCUGAGCAGGGAUUGAGGGACUGGUGGGAUGCCAGGUAUCUGCUGCUACCAGUGAGAUUACCUCUAACACCUUUUGCAAUGGGGACCUGACAGGGCUGAUGGAGCUAAGCCAAGCAGGGUAGGUUUAUAGAGCACUCACUAAAACCGUCUGCCCCGCCGCUGAUCCUGAAUCCUAGUCCACAAUCUGCAGGCACCAGCUGCUGUCACAGAGAGAAGAGCACGCUUGGAAUAAUACAAACUUUCUCCUCGACAUCACUCCGGACAAUUCGCUAAUGUGUUACCCUUCCUCUGCUGUGGUAUCGCUGCUGCCACAACACCGCCACAGCCCUUCAGCACACAUUUCUCUUUUCCACCACAUAUAAAUCUAAAUGAGAUCUGUGUACCUACUCUCUUUUUCCCCCCCAUUUCCUGAUACAUUUCAAAAUGCCCUGGGAAUACUGAAAUGCAGUGAAAGCAAUACCUCAGCUAGAAAAAAAAAGUCCAAACCUCAAGAGGGCCUCCAGGAAAGCUGGGGAGGGGCUCUUGAUCAGGGAGUGAAGGGACAGGAUGAGAGGGAAUGGUUUUGAGCUGCAAAAGGGGAGA